AGGGCGGGGAAUGGGGGCGCCGCCGCCGCCUCGUCAGCUCCGUGUCGGCUGAAGCUCGGCCCCGGCGCCCUGGUCGCGGCGCCCCCGCCCGGUUCUCCGCGCGCACCGCCCCCGCCGCCGCCGGCCGGCCCGCAGCCAGGCCGCGACCGCCAUGCCGGCCCGGCUGCUGCUGCUGCUGCUGGCGCUGCUGCCGCCCGGGCCCGGGGCGUUUGCAAGUCCCAGCACCGUGACACUUCCGGAAACCUUGUUGUUCGUGUCAACCCUGGAUGGCAGUUUGCAUGCUGUGAGCAAGAGGACAGGCUCCAUCAAAUGGACUUUAAAAGAAGAUCCAGUCCUGCAGGUCCCAACACACGUUGAAGAGCCCGCCUUCCUCCCUGAUCCCAACGAUGGCAGCCUUUACACACUCGGAGGCAAGAAUAACGAAGGCCUGACGAAACUUCCCUUCACCAUCCCGGAGCUGGUACAGGCAUCUCCGUGCCGGAGUUCAGAUGGAAUUCUCUACAUGGGUAAAAAACAGGACAUCUGGUAUGUCAUCGACCUGCUGACGGGGGAGAAGCAGCAGACUCUGUCGUCGGCCUUUGCAGACAGUCUCUGCCCGUCCACCUCUCUUCUGUAUCUUGGGCGAACAGAGUACACCAUCACCAUGUAUGACACCAAAACCCGAGAGCUCCGCUGGAACGCCACCUACUUCGACUACGCUGCCUCGCUGCCGGAGGAUGACAUGGACUACAAGAUGUCCCACUUUGUGUCCAAUGGCGAUGGGCUGGUGGUGACGGUGGACAGUGAAUCUGGGGACGUCCUGUGGAUCCAGAACUAUGCCUCCCCCGUGGUGGCCUUUUACGUCUGGCAGCGGGAGGGUCUGCGGAAGGUGAUGCACAUCAACGUGGCUGUGGAGACCCUGCGCUACCUGACCUUCAUGUCCGGGGAGGUGGGGCGCAUCACCAAAUGGAAGUACCCCUUCCCCAAGGAGACGGAGGCCAAGAGCAAGCUGACGCCCACCCUGUAUGUUGGGAAGUACUCCACCAGUCUCUACGCCUCCCCCUCCAUGGUUCACGAGGGGGUCGCCGUUGUGCCCCGAGGCAGCACCCUUCCUUUGCUGGAAGGCCCCCAGACCGACGGUGUCACCAUUGGGGACAAAGGCGAGUGUGUGAUCACGCCCAGCACGGACCUAAAGUUUGACCCUGGUCUCAAAGGGAAGAACAAACUCAACUACUUGAGGAACUACUGGCUUCUGAUAGGUCACCAUGAGACCCCGCUGUCUGCAUCCACCAAGAUGCUGGAGAGAUUCCCCAACAACCUGCCCAAGCAUCGGGAAAACGUGAUUCCAGCCGACUCGGAGAAAAAGAGCUUUGAGGAGGUCAUCGACCUGGUUGGCCAGACCUCAGAGAACACACCCACCACCGUUUCUCAAGAUGUGGAGGAGAAAUUCUCUCAUGCCCCCGCCAAGCCCGAGGCCCCCGUGGACUCCAUGCUCAAGGACAUCGCCACCAUCAUCCUGAGCACCUUCCUGCUCAUCGGCUGGGUGGCCUUCAUCAUCACCUACCCCCUGAGCAUGCAUCAGCAGCAGCAGCUCCAGCACCAGCAGUUCCAGAAGGAAUUGGAGAAAAUUCAGCUCCUGCAACAGCAGCAGCUGCCCUUCCACCCACCUGGAGACUUGGCUCAGGACGCUGAGCUCCUGGACUCAUCUGGCCUCUACUCAGAGAGCUCAGCCACCAGCAGCCCCAGCACGUCACCCAGAGCCUCCAACCACUCGCUGCACUCCAGCAGCUCUGCCUCCAGAGUGGGCGCCUCCCUGGAGCAGGACGAUGAGGAUGAAGAAACCAGCAUGGUGCUGGUUGGGAAAAUUUCAUUCUGUCCCAAGGACGUCCUGGGCCAUGGAGCUGAGGGCACAAUUGUGUACCGGGGCAUGUUUGAUAACCGAGACGUGGCCGUCAAGAGGAUCCUCCCCGAGUGUUUCAGUUUCGCCGACCGUGAGGUCCAGCUGCUGCGAGAGUCGGACGAGCACCCGAACGUGAUCCGGUACUUCUGCACCGAGAAGGACCGACAGUUCCAGUACAUCGCCAUCGAGCUGUGCGCAGCCACCCUGCAGGAGUACGUGGAGCAGAAGGACUUUGCCCACCUGGGCUUGGAGCCCAUCACCCUGCUGCAGCAGACCACCUCGGGCCUGGCCCACCUGCACUCCCUCAACAUCGUUCACAGAGACCUGAAGCCUCACAACAUCCUCUUAUCCAUGCCCAAUGCACACGGUCGCAUCAAGGCCAUGAUCUCCGACUUUGGCCUCUGCAAGAAGCUGGCGGUGGGCAGACACAGCUUCAGCCGCCGUUCCGGGGUGCCCGGCACAGAAGGCUGGAUUGCUCCCGAGAUGCUGAGCGAAGACUGCAAGGAAAACCCUACCUACACUGUGGACAUCUUCUCCGCGGGCUGCGUCUUUUACUACGUGAUAUCCGAGGGCAACCACCCUUUCGGCAAGUCCCUGCAGCGGCAAGCCAACAUCCUCCUGGGCGCUUACGGUCUCGACUGCUUGCACCCUGAGAAGCACGAAGACGUCAUCGCCCGGGAGCUGAUCGAGAGGAUGAUCGCCACGGACCCUCAGAAGCGCCCCUCCGCGAAGCACGUGCUGAAACACCCCUUCUUCUGGAGCCUGGAAAAGCAGCUGCAGUUCUUCCAGGACGUGAGUGACCGAAUAGAAAAGGAGUCCCUAGACGGCCCGAUAGUGAAGCAGCUGGAGCGAGGCGGGCGAGCCGUGGUGAAGAUGGACUGGAGGGAGAACAUCACUGUCCCCCUGCAGACAGAUCUUCGUAAAUUUAGAACCUAUAAAGGCGGCUCCGUCAGAGACCUCCUCCGAGCCAUGAGAAAUAAGAAGCACCACUACCGAGAGCUCCCCGUGGAGGUGCGGGAGACACUGGGCUCCCUCCCGGACGACUUCGUGCGCUACUUCACCUCGCGCUUCCCGCACCUCCUCGCCCACACCUACCGGGCCAUGGAGCUGUGCGCCCACGAGAGACUCUUCCAGCCCUACUACUGCCACGAGCCGCCGGAGCCACAGCCCCCAAUGGCUCCAGAUGCCCUCUGAGCCCAGGCGGCCCCCGCGCCGGCGGCCCCAGUGAGACUGAGGGCCUGGUCUUCGACCAGCACAGCCCGAUGCCUCCCAGCCUAGCAGGGAGACUCGGCUUCCCAAGCAAGUGCCUUGAGCUGCCCGCUCUGCUGCCAGCAGAAGCUGGUGCUGACCUGGACGUGCAGGGGGUAACCCCUCCUGACCUGCAGGGAGCUGGGAAGAGGCUGGUGUGAAAGCUUUCCAAUCGGGGACUCUGCGCAGGAGGCUCCAUCGUGGGGGCCGCGAAAGGAGCCCCCUCUGCCUUCUCCUGGACACACUUGCUUCAGACUUAACGUUUCUUUCGACCCUUCUGUUUGACGUCAGCCUGUGGGCCUUUAAGGAGGAGAGCGGAGCAGAUCCUAAGUUGCCUGUGUGCUGGGAAAGGAGCAUCUCUGACCUAAAAACGGCCUCUGCUAGAACAGGGGUCAAGAGGUCGGGGGCUGAGGAGGAGGUGUCCUCUUGGGGGGCCUAGGGACGGAGCAUGAAGGUACCAGAAUCCCCGGGUCACUGUAGCCAGUGUGUCCUCAGGGCCCAGAGAGCACAGGGUGCGGGCAUGAUACUUCCUGCUCCAGAAGGCUCCGGUGUCUGCCGGGCUUGUAGGAACGAAGAGGACGCUCUGUUCUGGGGCAGCUGCGGCCCAGUGCACCAGUGGCCUUUGGUGGCCAUUUCGGGAUGUCUAGGAGCGUGUCAAGGCAAAAGGUCAGAAGUGCCCUGCUCUCGGGAGAGCAGCUAAGACCCAGGCAAGGGCAGGCCCUCGGACCGGAGGGGAGGAAGUUGAAUGGGGUGCCCCUGGCCACCCAGGGAGAGUCCCGGGCAGGGGGGUUGGGGAUGAUGCUCCUCAGUCCCUGGGACCAGCAGGACGGGGCCGGGGCCUGGGCGCCCAGACCAUGGUCACCACGUGCCUCGUGGCAGUCUUUUAUGUUUUUCUUGGAAGAUUUUAAUAACUUUAUAUUUUGAUCAUACCUUAGGAUGCUACGUUAGUGUGAGUAAGCUGAGCUUCACUUGCAGCUGACUUGUGAGGAGGAAUGUGACACAUCUUCUGUUUUGUGUGGUACCAAAAACCCCAUCCCCUCCAGAAAAAGUGAUCUCAUCUAGAACAUUCUCUAGUGCCGAAGAGCAAAACAUAGCAACUCUCGAUGCAGCAGACAAUUCAGAGUAAUAGUCUCUUCAUGCUGUCAAUGCCAAGCUGGUUCUUUUUUCCCCCUAAAAUUGUGGAGUACAGUAUUUAACUUUUACUUUCUGUGGAAGUUCCUGUCUCGUCUCCACUGAGAGCCUUAGUUACAUGCCAUCAGGGUGCCAGGUGCCUUCUCUAAGUGGUGGGCGGCUCAGUGUGGUUCUGUCUUGGCAGGAUGUGCCGCUCCGGACGAGGAAUGGGGUCUCGGGGUUUCCCUGGCUGACAGAGACGUCUCCCCGUCUCCUUGUGAGAGGUUUCCCGAGGCGCGCUGGUAGGGGGACGCCUUAUGGAAAGCGCCCCUCUGCCUCUGGAGACGUCAGUUCCUCCCUUUCAUUCUGCCUACAGUCACUUUUCCCUACUCCCAUGCCCUCGGUCUCAGCCUCACCAGUUACCUCACGCAGACCUGGGGCCCGGCAGCCUGGUGGGCACCACGGGUCUGCCUCGCUGCUCAUUUGUCAGGACCCGGCCGAGGGUCCCGCUCUCCCACUCCAGGACACGCAGGCGGCGCAGGCUGGACUCUGCGAGUGGGCCUGCGCCCGGCCUGGGUGGGCCCGAGGGAGCCCGGAGGUGGGUGCCUCCCGUGAGGGACGUCACAGGACUGUCCGCCCCGCGUGCCCCCGGGGCUCGGCCUCGCCCGCCCUCACUGCUGAGCGCGCUGGCCCGCAGCCAGGGGACUCCCGGCUGCCCGAUUCUGUGUCAUUUCCUUGUUUGGACGCAACUUGCCUCUGGGACUUUUUAAAAAUGCCUUUUCUGCCUGUCAUCCUUGUUUCUGACCGCCCGCCUUUCUCAAACUCAUUAUUUUAAAAACUGCAUUUUGUUUGCGCGCUUUCCAUCUGAGCCAAAGCAGGGGACUGGGCGGGGACACAGAGGUGAGCGAGACAGGCCAAACGUCUGCCUUCCUCGGAGCUUGUGGGAGAGAGAAAGGAGCACGUGAGGCAGGAGACGCAGGCGGCGGGCAGGGCUGUGCAUCUGGGGUCGGCCCCUCUUGUGUCUUGCAGUUGGCCCUUUGUCCCUGGCCUGUGCUGCUGGGUCUGCAGUGCUGGCAGGUGUCUCUGACCAGCACCCGCCUCUCAGCUGAGCUCUUUGAUCUUCGGUCUGGCCAAAGCGCCUCCUGUGGCUCCUAGAGGCCAUUGAACUUCUUAGAGGCACAUGUUCAUCCUUUUAAGGCAGAAUUUAGUUGCCGCUUCAAGAUGCCAAACUCACGAGUUACUUUAAACCUCGUGUUGAAUCUUUUUUGAAUCUGUCUUUGGCAUAAGUGCCAGAAUUUUCCCUGGUUGUCUCGAGUCUUUGUAACUUUGGUUUUUAAAGAGCUCCCCUUGUCACCUGGCCUCACGUUUGCACUUUGGGGGAACACUGGCACCACUUGGUGUAAGUCAGCAACCCCCUGAGGGGCAGAAGAAUGAAAUCCUGGGUGCAGCGUACUCCCUCUCCACGGCCCCGCUGGCAGGGAGCCAGCCGCCACGGCCUCGUCUCAGAGAGAGACGGCUCGGCCCGUUGCCUGCAGCGCGUUGGGAGAGCCACGGGUCAAAGGGCCCAGCAAAGUGUUUCCUUCCCAUCACUGCCAGGAAACGGUCCUGACCAGAGUAAAGCCUGAUCCUUUCGUCAGGUUUUACGCGGCUGCAAGUCAUGCAUCUUUGCAGUUCCUCCUCGCCCCGCACGAGAGGGGACCCGGAGCUGCCGCCACUGGCCUGACCGCUGGCCGGGGGGAGGGACCCUGCAGGGUGGGCUUUCCCCGCUUGGCCGCUGUCUGUCUGUUGAGAAGUUGGACUCGCGGCGGGUUUGGAUUUCCCGAGACCGCCCUUCUCCAUCUCUGCUCCCUGGGGCCUCAGCCUCGGGUCCUCGCGGCAGGUGCGCGGGUUCUGCGCCCCCAGCCUCGGCGCCCUAAGAGCAGCAGGGGAGGCCGCCGCUCACCUGCCAGUCCUCACCUGCGCCUGCAGGCUUCUCUCUGCUCCCCUGGCUCCUGUCUCCGUGUUUCCUUUGCCCACUCGUUUUCCUUGGCGACGGCCUGGCAUUGGCUUUUCCUGGAAGAAAGUCAGGCUUUCCAGACAGGUGAGCCAAGAUGCCGCCUCCCGGGGUCACACCUUCCCCCUCCAGACCACAGCAUCUGCUCUCCCCACCCUUUGCUUCCUCCACGCAAUCGUGGCUUCCCGCCACCCGAGCUCGUUCGCGUCCGCACUUAGGUCUUUUCCAUGGAGAACUGCAGGAAGCACCUCUGGGGCAGCCUCACCAGCACUUGGGCCGAGCCCCCUGCUCGCCUCGCCUGCGCGGGGCGUGGGGUGGUCGUGUUCCUCUCGAACCCCAAAAGCUGUGACGGGGGGCAGGCCCCCUCCCCCCACUUACCUAGAAAGCAUUACUGGUCCCCUCUGCGGCAUUCUCCCAAGCAAACCUUACGUAGUGUUCUUUUUGCGACGACCUAUUUAUUGAACCUAUUUAUAUUUAUUUAAUUUCUACUCUGAAGUGUAUCCGGUUACCAUUGCACUCGCUCAAAGCACCUCCGACUUAUUUUGGACAACACCCCCGACCCUGUCAAAACUGGAAAAGCACCGUGUCCUUCUGCAGGACGGUGCCUCGCAGCCACACGGCCUGUCGUCAUGUGGUCGGGGGAAUCAUUGGGUCGGGGGAAAAAAUGUUCAUUUUUAAGUGAUUUAAAAAAAAAUUCUGUGCCAUCGUGUCUUCUCUGUGGACGGUUAAUCGUUUAAUGGGGAUGUGUUGAUUGUGUGAUGCAAUCCUCUGUGGAACCUGAAAUCCUCUUUUUAGCUUUAUAUUUUAUAACCUGCCAGAUUGUACGAUUUUUAUGUGUAUUUUUAAAGCCCGAUGAUGUGAGGGUAAUGAAGUUAAAGGGCCUAUUUUUGUACCUCCUGUACAGUUUUGUAAUUGCGCUGGUGGAUGGUGGCAUCUUGCUGUUGAGCCAACUACAAAUAAAGGUAGUUUCAGGUUCGGAGCCCAGUUCAUCUUAAAG